AUGGCUAGCAACAACACAUCAAAACCCAACUCGCCAGCAGUUCUCUCGACGCCCCCGAGCUUUAGGAGUCGCCAUGACUCUAUCAACUCUAUAUCCACGGCUUCCCAGGUCGACAAGGAUCAGUUGGCCCAUACCCUCAACAGGAUCCAUACGUCAGCAAGCCAGUCGGAUUGCUUGACGACAUUCAACGACUUCGCUCCUCCACCUACAUCCCUCCCUGCGACGGAAACAAAGGUCUUGACAGGGGAGUUGGUUCAGAAUGGGCUCAGCGGGCUCUAUAGCCGUCUGAAGGAGGCUGUUGGCGCCGUUGGCACAAGGCAGCAGGACGUGGACGACGGCGACAGCUUCGACGCCGCCUCCAAGCGCAGCAACAGCACAGCGGCUACAACCCCGAAAAUACCCAUCGCCUCGCUCGCUCGUGCCGAAACCGCAACGACGAGCUCGUCCUUCAACUCGGGCGCGACUCACGACGGACCCAUGGCAGCCACGUCCUCGUCGGGAAUUAACACCGUCACUUCCGACAGCCAGUCGCAUCCGCCCCAAUCCUCCAAGGCCACUUCCAUUUCCGCCAUGACAGCUUCCAAGUCCAGCACCUCCAGCCGACAAAGUUUGCCCAGUGUGGCCAAGGCCUCUGCGGUGACGGCUAUCAAUCCCGAGGUUGCCCCUGCUACGGCACCGAGAAACGUGGCGCGAAUCGAGGAUGGACCCGUCCGCUCAUCUGGGAGGAGAAGCAUCAGCAAGCAGCCUGAUCCCCGGCCGCUAGUUAUCGGUUCCGAGAGUUCACACAAGUUUGACGUACUGGAGCCCAAACACGGCGGAGGCGCUGAUCAGGGCCAUACGAGCAUCCGGACGAGGCGCGAAGACGUCGCCGUUGAUGGGCCCUCGGAUAAGCCCCUGAGUCCGAUCAAGACCAAUAUACCUCAGUUGCCCAGCUUGCAAACAGCAGACCCGCGUUCUCCGGCAUCUUCGACCGCGUCGAUGAUGCUCGUACCUAAGAGACCGGCUGUUAUUGACCGCAUUAGUCGUUCCAGAUCGCCAGGUUUCGCUCCGUCAAGGUCCUCCUCCAUGGAGCAUGUCACCGCUGAGCCAAGUCCCAUCAGCACGACCGCCCACGACUCUGUCUAUCACGAUUCUUUCGCACAUGAUUCCCAGCCCAAGCAUGGAAGAACUGGCGCUCUGCGAAUACCAGGCACGACGACCAACGAGGGCGCUCCUGAUCAAGUUAACGCCAGGCUUGACAGAAUGCGCCGGCAAGUGCUGAGCAAAGAGUUUUGGAUGGCUGACGAAACGUGCAAAGAAUGUUUCAUCUGUGGCCAGCCAUUUUCAGCGUUCAGAAGAAAACAUCAUUGCCGAACCUGCGGCUGUAUUUUCGACUCCAAAUGCACUUCGAUCAUCCCAGCCUCGAAGUUCGGGAUGACUGGGACUCUGAGGGUUUGCAAGACUUGCUUAAAGGUCAUAAAUCAGCGACUCUACGAAGGAAGCGCCUCUGACGACUCCGGAGACGACUCAUUUCUACCUGCCAUUUUUCGUCAGACCAAGGCAACCCCAAAGGUCACGCAGGUUGAGGCCGAACCUGAGGAGCCCAGCUUUGCUGACCGAAUGGAGGAUUUGGGCGACUCGAGGUCUGUUCAGACACCCAUGAUGGCGAUCCCUGCAACCCGGAGGAUCAACGAUUCCAACAGAAAUUCGGCCAUUUUGGAGAUCGACGCACCGCAACUCAGCCGCCCGAGCUCCUCUCGCUCCUUGAAAUCUCUGACGUCCGCGAACCGCCCGCAGUCAUCGGGUCACAGGCGGCAUCAUUCGAAACAUCACAACAAUUACAUGUCAAGAUUUAAGCCAAUGCCGGAUGACAGGGCCCCGUUCCGUAAGGGCAUCACUGAGGAGAUGGCUAAGAAGCCAAAGUAUCCUGCGUUUCACGACGACAAUAUUAUUGACCCUGAGUUGGCUGCCUACAUGUCAGACGAGUCCAGUGACGACGAGCAGAUGAGCAUAUUCGCCACCAUGUCAAAUGCCGAUCUGCAGCCGUCUAGCUACGAUCACGAGAAGUCCAGUUUUGGUCCGUUCCUCAGUACAGGAAGAAGACAUCGCCUUGGCCGUGGUGAAAAGAGCAUCAGUGGUUUGAGUUUUACAAGCCGUGGAAUCGACGACAAUGCUGGUUCCGGAAGCCUUAUUGGCCACGGCCGUCCAGGAAGAAGGCGCAACCUGAGCAACGUCAGCCAUCAAAUGCGUUCCCCGCGCCCCAAGUCCGGCAUUUUCAAGGGCCCGUCAGCGUCAAACGAAAACAUGUUCGCCACCGACAAUCCUGUGAUCGAGGCCACGAAGCUGACGAGAAGCGACUCGAUGCAAGCCGACAAACAGCCACAGGUGGAGCUCAACUCAUCGAGCAUGCUGCAUGUCAAGAGACUAUUGCACCAGCUCCUCGAGGAUUCGGGCAUACCUAACGUGCCUGCGUGGGAAAAGGCUUUGAUUCCAAUCUUGCUCCAGUGCACUGACGACGUUACCCCUGACAUCAGGGCAGGGGACGACAUGGAUAUACGGCACUACGUCAAGCUCAAGAAAAUUCCGGGAGGCAAGCCGGGAGAUACUAGCUACGUUUCGGGUGUUAUUUUCACUAAGAAUCUCGCCCUCAAGAGCAUGCCUCGUCGCAUCCUUAGCCCCCGCAUAGUCAUUGUCUCCUUCCCGAUCGAAUACCAGCGGCACCAACAACACUUUAUGAGCCUUCAGCCAGUCAUCGAACAAGAGAAAGAGUUUUUACGAAUCGUCGUAAACCGAAUCAUCAAUCUGCGCCCCCAAAUUUUGCUCUGCGAGAAGUCUGUUUCGGGAGUUGCGUUGCAAUAUCUGUCAGAGGCCAACAUUGCUGUUGCCUACAACGUUAAGCCUUCAGUCAUCGAAGCGGUAUCGCGGUGUGCUGAGACCGAUAUCAUAUCUUCUCUUGACAUGCUGGCCCUCCAAGUUCAGGUUGGUAGGUCGGGAGGCUUUGAAGUCAAGACCUAUGUCAACAAGAACUAUCCUGGGAAGAAGAAGACAUAUAUCUUCCUGUCCGGAUGUUCCGAGAAACUUGGGUGCACCAUCGCUUUGCGUGGGGACUCGACUGAAGUCCUGUCGAAGAUGAAGAAGAUCACAGAGUUCAUGGUUUACGUUGUCUACAACUUGAAGUUAGAAACGUGCUUGAUGAGGGAUGAGUACAUCCAGUUACCCGCUGAGCCUGAGGAAUCCUCAUUGCUGGGAUCGUCUGUUCGCCAGAACCCAGAGGACGCGCCUCGUUCCCUUACCGCGUCGACUGAAAUAGGGAAGAAUGAGCCGCAAGUCACCAAAACCUCGCCCACCGACACUGAGCUCCCCUCUCAAACAAGCGAUGGUACAUCUUUGGUCACGGCUGAAAGCACUCUGUCAUCCGACCAAACUGAGGAACCGGCCACAGAGGAACGGCCCCCUUUGGUAUCUCUUCAUGCGACUCAUGUUCAUGUGCCGCCCACGUCUCCCGAUUCGCAAGUGCCAGAAGAUGUGCCGAUGCCGACAUACUACAGCGACAUGGUGGCGAGAUACGAGACGAAGAUUUUGUCGGCGUCUCCAUUCGUCAAGUUCGCUCAGCCCUACCUGCUUAUGAAGGCACGAGAGCAGGAGCGGAGACUCGUUUACCUGAAGCGCCUACGGGAUCAGGACGUAGUAGAAGAACAAAUCGACCCCGAAAAGUCCAAGUCGCAAAAGUUCCAGCUCAUCAAGCCUGAAAUGGUUCACGCCAUCGGACAGAAGGCACCACGGCAGGUUAUGGAAAUUUUGCACGCCGUCCACGAUGCCGAAUACGACAAGGCUCUGUACAAUUACCAGACGCAGACGAGGCAGUGGGAGAAUUAUAUCCAGGGCAACCUCGACCUAUUCGAUCCCUAUUCUCAUCAGAACAUUGUCGUCUUGUACUCGGUCAUCUGCACCGAGACGAAGAUUCCUUGUUCCGAGCCAGGGUUGAUCGCAAUCGCAUUCUACGACGAGCACGUUGACGAAAGCGGCAGUAUGGACCCAGACUGUACUCUCGGCCAGUAUAUCGAAGAUCUGUGCAUCAGUAAGGACUCCAUCUGUACUUCCAACGGAUGCGACCGAAAGAUGACGGAGCAUCAUCGCACCUACGUACACGACGAGUCACGAGUCACCAUAUUCGUUGAGCCAGCAGCUAAAAGGCGUAACUUGGACGGCAUCACCAUGUGGAGCUAUUGCAAAACGUGCAAAAAGGACUCUCCCGAGAUGGGCAUGUCCGACAGCACCUGGAAAUACUCUUUCGGCAAGUACCUUGAGCUGCUUUUUUGGAGCAGGGGCCUGCGGCUCCAUGAGAUUACUGGCUGCCCUCAUGACCACCACCGUGACCACAUCCGCUACUUUCACUAUCGCGAUACCUGGGUGAGGAUACAUUAUGACCCUAUCGAUCUCCUCGAGAUCAUUGUCCCAAGAGCCCGGAUCACGUGGAAGGUUGAGAACGAUCUCAAGCUCAAGAACGAGAUUUUCAACAAGAUUGAGGAACGUUGGGCUCGUUUCAUCAACUCUGUCAAGCUCAGACUCAAGAGCAUACGCAUCGACAGCGUCUUACCCGAAAAGGCCGAUGCGUGUAAAGCCGAAGUCGACAGGCUUGCCAAAAAGGCACAGGACGAUCAAGUUGCUUUGAUACGCAGACUUCAGGAAACCUAUGUCAACUCCAAGUAUUAUGAGGUUAUUCCGUUCAAUGCUAUUGUCAGGGAGAUGUUGGAAAAGGCCGGCGACUGGGACACCUCGUUCACAAAGUUCGAGACCGACUUCCUUCCCGACAAGGACCUGCGCCAAUUGACAAUGAUCCAACUCAAAAAGAUUUUCACCGACAACGAAUCGAGGGAGUCCCUUCCCUCGACAGAUGGCAACUCAACCGUUGAGUCCGGGGAGCCUCCGUCUCAAACCUUCUCUGAUGUAGACGAGAAGGUUUCCACCCAACCCACGGACCCGACCGAACCGCAUCAGGAUGGGGUCGUGGGGUCAGUCGAGGACGAGCAAGAGAAACAGGAAGAGCUCGAGCAGGAGGGAUCGAAAGAAGAAGAAGAAGCAGAGGAGCCUUCCACAUUGUCAGAGCCUCAGAAGGAACCAGAACAAGCCGAAACAACAAAGGAUGGGGUUGUUGGCCGAGAAGCACCAGAGGAAGCUGACAAGAUUGAUGCUCCAGCUGAUACUGCACUUGAAAGAGUGGAAUCCCUGGACUUAGCCACCCCGGGCUCGCCGAAAGCCAAAGGGCUUGUCUCGUUUGCUCCUAUUAAUGAAGCCGGGCAGAUUUCAGCAAUGCCUGGCAAUGCCGAGUCGACAUACCCCCUCGUGGCCAGGCCUCCGCUUACUACGACAUCAACUAAUAUUUCCCUCUCUGAGAAAGUUGAGCAGCUUCGUCGUGAACAACAGGUUAUGGGUGCCGAAACAUCACAAACCGGUGAUGCAUCUGAAGCACCCAAAACAAACCAGGAACGAGGUUUGGCUCGUAGGGCCCCGAUGGUUAGAACCCUGUCGCAGCCCGCCCAAACGCUACCGAGGUCCCAGUCGAGCUUUGCCAAAUCAAUUGUGCCGAAGGACGCCAUGGGAGCCGAGACUCUGGGUGAGACAUCAUUUAAAGUGGAUAAGAAAACGUUCGAUCGACUGGCAUUGGGAAUGAAAAGCCAUAGAAAAGCUGGUCCCUCUUCAAUACCUCGGCUCAUCACCAAGAAGAAAGAUACUCAUGUGGCGUCCCAGGUUUCUAGAAUUGCCCGGCACUUUGAACAGUUGAGCCGUGAGUUCGAGAAGGAAAGACAACGAGAAGACCGCAGGAAGCGCCUCGCCAAGGGCCAUCAGCCUCGUGCAGGUUUGCCACGUUCUGCCACCAAAGCUAUUGUGGAAGUCUACCACAACAUUGACAAUGCCGUACAAGAAGCUGGGCCGUCGAACACAGAGCAUAACGAGAUCAAGAUUCUCGAACCCAAGCCGGCGCCAGUCAACCCAGCACCUCCCGGAACUGUGCAAACAGAACCCGACAGUCCACCGAGAGGAGAGUCGGAUCUUGCACCAGAAGCUGCUCCCCCCACUGAAGAGCACCAAGUUGGUGGGGAGACGGACGACACUGCGACAGUUACAGCUAGCCACGGCGGAUCCGAUGACGAAGGGCAGAGCGACACUGAACAGUCCAUACUGGACGAUCUGCUGCCUGACGUCAAGGAGCUGGCUGACUCUCUUGAACCCAGCACGGAGAUUCCACUGGAACUGCCGAAGCAUCAGAAAACUAGCCUUAUGAAGAUGCUCACUAACUUUUGGGCUGAACGAUCUGCCAGUGGGUGGCCUCAACUGGACUAUCCAGUCAACGCAAGCGAUCAUAUAUUCCUCGAUUCCGAUGUAAUCGUGAGGGAGGACGAACCCAGUUCUGUUAUUGCAUUUGCCCUGAGUUCUGACGACUACCGCACAAAACUGGCUGAUAUUCGCCGCCAGGAGCGAAUGGCGAUACACAAUGAUUAUGAAGCCAACUUCGAUGCCAAGUCGUCAGGACUGUCUGAUACUGGCGGCGAGUUGAUGAUGGAAGAGGGCGAGCUGGAGAAGAGUCUUCUCAGAGCAACGGGCACGCAUCUGAAAUACCAGUUCAAGGAGGGGUCUGCAACCAUGCUCUGCAAAAUUUUCUACGCUGAGCAGUUUGAUGCGCUGCGUCGCAAAUGCGGCGUUGCAGAUCGCAUCGUCGAAUCGCUCUCCCGCUGCUUGAAGUGGGACUCCAAGGGCGGCAAGACAAAGUCGGUCUUUCUCAAGACUCUCGACGACCGCUUGGUCUUAAAGGGCCUAUCGCCCAUUGAGACGUCGGCUUUCCUGAGAUUUGCGCCAGCUUAUUUUGGCAUCAUGGCCGAGGCUCUGUUCCAUGACUUGCCAUCUGUCAUCGCAAAGAUGCUAGGGUUCUUCCAGCUGAUCAUCAAGAACCCGGUCACAGGCGUCGAGAUCAAGUUAGACCUGCUGCUCAUGGAGAAUCUCUUUUACGAUCGCAGUCCGACUCGGCUUUUCGACCUCAAGGGUUCCAUGCGCAACCGCAAAAUCCAGUCUACUGGCGAGCAGAACGAGGUUCUUCUGGACGAGAACAUGGUGGAGUUCAUUUACGAAUCGCCGUUGUUUGCACGCGAGCACUCCAAGAAGCUUCUGAGAGCAUCCGUCUGGAACGAUACUUUGUUCCUCGCAAGGCAGAACGUGAUGGAUUACUCAUUGAUGAUUGCCGUAGACGAAGCCAGAAAGGAGCUCGUUGUGGGCAUCAUUGACUGUAUCCGGACGUACACAUGGGACAAGAAACUCGAGAGUUGGAUCAAGGAUCGUGGUUUCGCGGGCGGUGGCAGAAACCGUCCCACCGUGACGAGUCCGAAGGAAUACAAAUCUCGUUUCCGGGAGGCGAUGGCCAGAUACAUCCUCCAGGCGCCAAAUUGCUGGCAUCAGUUCGGCGUGCCUCAAAUCACCAACAGCAUGAGGCCACGAUUCGACUUCGAUACCAAGCCUGAGUAA